GUUCCCAUCAGAACCAGUUAGUUCCUCUGACUGGGAAAGAGAGAGACAGAGAGAGAGACAUGGCUCCAUCACCGCUCUGCUGGCUGCUGAUCUUCAUCAUCGUAAACUCUGCAGAUGGAUUCAGAGAAUGUGAAGUGGAUCAUUGUGUGUUUAACUCCACUGAGCUGAGCGACAUCCAGUUCAUCAGGUCCUCCAUCUACAACAAGCUGGAGUGGCUCAGGUUUGACAGCAGCCUGGGGAGGUUUGUUGGAUACACAGAGUUUGGAGUGAAGGAGGCUGAACGAUGGAACAAUGAUCCUUCAUAUCUAGCAGCGAUGAAAGCCCAGAGGGAGACCUACUGCCUGAACAACGUUGGUCUCUACUACCAGAAAGUUCUGACUAAAUCAGUCGCUCCGACAGCCAAGCUUUACUCCAGGACGCCCCCUGCUGGCCACCACCCCUCCAUGCUGGUCUGCAGAGUUUUUGAUUUCUUCCCUAAAACCAUCAAGGUCGGGUGGCUGAGAGACGGACAGGAAGUGACAUCAGACGUCACCACCACUGACGAGAUGGAGGACGGAGACUGGUACUAUCAGGUCCUCUCCACGCUGGAGUACACACCCAGGGCUGGAGAGCGGAUCUCCUGCAGGGUGGAACAUGCCAGCCUGAAGGAGCCUCUGAUCAUCGACUGGGACCCGUCCAUGCCAGAGUCAGUGAAGAACAAGUUGGUCAUCGGAGCCUCAGGACUGAUGAUGGGUCUGGUCCUGUUGCUGGCUGGAUUCCUCUACAACAACAGGAAGCUCAAAGGUCCUAUUCUGGUUCCGAUCAGCUGAGCCCGGAUGAAGGUUCCCGUUCUCCAUCUGGCCCGGUUCUGUAGGUCGGUUCUGGUUCUCCUUCAUCUUCAUCUUCCUCUAAUCAUCUUCAUCAAUAAUCA